CAAUCACCUGUUAUCGUAAAGUAGACGCGUUCAAAGUUCGAGGCAAACAUAUUUAGGGAUACAGGAGAGCGAAGCCGAACGACUGUCAUUUGGAAACCCAGUUGAGAACCAUGAAGACCGUUCUACUCCUAAUCGCUAUCGUUUGCUCCGUCUCUGCGCUUCCAAACGGGCGCAUUAAUGCUGGAGAUCAAGCCGUGGCUGGACAAUAUCCGUACGUGGUUUCCAUAACUGAUGAUGAUCGCCAUUUCUGCGGUGGUUUCAUCUACAGCGAAAGAUGGAUCAUCACCGCAGCCUCUUGUGUUGAAGGGAAAACACCAAGCAAAUUGAAAGUCGUUGCCGGCCAAGUAAGCGCUAUCAAUGCUGACCCUAACGAGCAGACGAUUUCCGUGUACACAGUCACCAUUUUCCCGCAAUACGACAACAUCUUGCAGCUAAACGAUAUCGCUCUGCUGAAGCUCACUGCAAACAUUACGUUUGAUUACACUAACGUUGACUUUGUUGCAUACAACGAGGCAGACAACACGUUGCCGGCAGAAAUCAUGGGAUGGGGCGCUACUUUCGAGGGAGGAUUCGAAUCCGUCAAUCUUCGUCAUGGGGUAGCCCACAUCAAUGUUAAGGGUUCCGGCGAUCUUUGUGGAACUUUCAAUACUACCGUCUUUAAUUUCGCCACCAUGAUUUGCGCUUCGACUGUCCCUGAUGCAACUCCUGCUCCUACUCCUCCUGCCAAAAAUGGGCGGGCUGUCGGGUCACCUUGCAAGUACGACGAGGGGUCACCACUAGUUCAAAAAUUUAACGAGGUUGCAACUGUUGUUGGCAUCUUAUCCAAGAGUGAGGAUUGCUCGUUGGACACCGCUGUUAGCGUCUACACGCGCGUCUCCAUCUUCUACUCAUGGCUGAUCAACACAGCUGGUCAACAGCCGGUUAGAACGACACCUGCACCUAUUACACCUGAACCUACCACAAUCGUUCCACCUGGUAAAAUCUAAGCAUGUACAAAGAAAUUUUCAAGUGAAACCAUCUCUUAGGAGAUGUCGUUCAAUACCACCCUUAUUACUGACGACGCGUUGAUGAACGACGUCGUUGGCAAACACUUUUUGGACAUGAAUAAACACGUUAGAACCUUCAA